AUGGGUAACGGACAGAGCGCGGACGGCGGCGCCGAUGGCGAUGGCGAUCUCAACCGAGGACGCGGACGGCGAAAACAAGAGAAGAAGAAGUACGAACCGCCCGCGCCGCCGAUGCGGGUGGGGAAGAAGAAGAAGAAGACUGGGAUCGAGGGACACACGCGAUUGCCCGAGGUGUUCCCGGCGAGUAAGUGUAAGCUCAGGAUGCUCAAGCUGGAGCGGGUGAAGGAUUACUUGCUCAUGGAGGAGGAGUUCGUGGGGAAUCAGGAGCGGUUGAAGCCGAGGGAGGAGCGAGAUGAGGAUGAGCAGAGUAAGAUUGAUGAGAUGCGCGGGGCGCCGAUGAGCGUUGGGUCGUUGGAGGAGAUAAUCGACGACACGCACGGGAUCGUGUCGUCGAGCAUCGGACCAGAGUAUUACGUGAACAUCGCUUCGUUCGUGGACAAGAGUCAGCUCGAGCCCGGGUGCGCGGUGUUGUUGCAUCACAAGAACUCGGCCGUGGUGGGGACGCUGGCGGAUGACGUUGAUCCGAUGGUGAGCGUGAUGAAGGUGGACAAGGCGCCCUUGGAAUCUUACGCCGACGUCGGGGGGUUGGAGGAACAGAUUCAGGAGAUCAAGGAGGCGGUGGAGCUACCGUUGACGCACCCCGAGCUGUACGAGGACAUCGGUAUCAAGCCUCCGAAGGGAGUGAUUCUGUACGGCGCCCCGGGAACCGGUAAGACUUUGUUAGCCAAGGCUGUGGCGAACUCGACGAGCGCGACUUUCUUGCGCAUCGUCGGUUCCGAGUUGAUUCAGAAGUAUUUGGGCGAUGGUCCGAAGCUUGUGCGCGAGCUCUUCCGCGUCGCCGACGAAAUGAGUCCAUCAAUCGUCUUCAUGGAUGAGAUCGACGCCGUUGGUACGAAGCGCUACGAUUCUCAGUCUGGCGGCGAGCGCGAGAUUCAGCGCACGAUGUUGGAGCUUUUGAACCAGAUGGACGGUUUUGAUUCACGCGGAGACGUCAAGGUGAUCAUGGCGACGAAUAGAAUUGAAUCUCUCGAUCCGGCGCUCUUACGUCCGGGGCGCAUCGACCGGAAGAUCGAGUUUCCGCUUCCAGACGUCAAGACCAAGCGUCACAUCUUCAACAUUCACACCGGCCGCAUGAACCUCUCAGCCGACGUACAACUCGAAGAAUUCGUCAUGGCUAAGGACGAGCUCUCUGGCGCCGACAUCAAGGCGCUCUGCACCGAGGCAGGUCUCCUCGCCCUGCGAGAACGUCGCAUGCAGGUCACGCACGCGGACUUUUCCAAGGCGAAGGAGAAGGUUCUGUAUAAAAAGAAGGAGGGUGUCCCCGAAGGCAUGUUUACGUGA